AUGGUGGACGGAGACUCUUCCGUUUUGAGCAGCGUCACCACUUUGUCUGCACAUGGCACCAGGGAUCUCCACAAGGUUGUUGAGGAGAUUCAGGAUGAGUUUGUGAUGACGUCAAAUUUCGGGAAAGAGGUUGUGUUGUUGCUUGAGGUUUGCAAACGGCCUUAUAGAUAUAGGGUUGCUGCACUUAGAGCUGAAGUUGUGGCAAUCUUUUUGCAUAUCCUUGCUCACAAUCUAAAGUAUAGAGUUGUGCACUUUAGUUAUUGUAGAUCCAUGGAAAUAAUAAGUAGGCAAUUCAAGAAUGUCCUGCGAGCUAUAAUGAAAGUAAGCAAAGAAUAUUUGAAGUUCCAUGACUAUAAUCUAGAGGGCUCGGUGGAAAACAAACGGAGAUGGUUUAAGAAUUUGAUAGGAGCACUUGAUGGGAUACAUAUUCCAGUAAUAGUUGUUGCAAAAGAUAGACUUAGAUAUCGUAAUAGAAAAUGGGAUAUCUCUACAAAUGUUUUAGGAGUUUGCGAUACAGAUUUAAGGUUUAUAUAUGUGUUGCAUGGGUGGGAAGGGUCAGCAGGAGAUUCUCGAGUAUUGCGAGAUGCUUUGCGUCGUCAAAAUUAUCUCCAUAUUCCAAAUGGUAAAUAUUUUCUUGUGGAUGCGGGGUAUACAAAUGGCCCUGGAUUCACAAAUAAUAUUGAAGAUGAAGUAACAACUAUCCAAGCAACUGAGGAAUGA